AUGAUCUUUAGUAAUUUCCACUUACUCUUCCUCUUCUCCAUACAUCACUUACCCUUUCUCUUUUCCAUGCAUCCUCUUCUUCAUUUUUUACUUUUCAGGCAUCCCUCCCUUCCCUGUUCUCUCUUCUUCUUCUAUUCAUGCUUCUUACCAUUUCUUUUUUCAGGCAUCCCUUUCCCUUCCUCUGUUCCAUGCUUCCCUUACUCUUUCUUCUAUUCCAUGCAUUCCUUACCAUUUCUUCUGUUCCAGGCAUCCCUUUCCCUUCCUCAGUUCCAUGAUUCCCUUACUCUUUCUUCUAUUCCAUGCAUUCCUUACCAUUUCUUCUGUUCCAUGUAUCCCUUACCAUUUCUCUUUUCCAGGCAUCCCUUCCUCAGUUCCAUGCUUCCCUUACUCUUUCUUCUAUUCAAUGGAUUUCUUACCAUUUCUUCUGCAUCCCUUGCCCUUCCUCAGUUCCAUGCUUCUUUAUUAUUUCUUCUAUUCCAAGCAUUCCUUACCAUUUCUUCUAUUCCAUGCAUUCCUUACCAUUUCUUCUGUUCCAUGUAUCCCUUUCCAUUUCCUCAGUUCCAUGUAUCACUUACCAUUUCUCUUUUCCAGGCUCUUUCUUCUAUUCCAUGCAUUCCUUACCAUUUCUUCUGUUCCAUGUAUCCCUUACCAUUUCUCUUUUCCAGGCAUUCCUUUCCCUUCCUCUGUUCCAUGCUUCCCUUACUCUUUCUUCUAUUCCAUGCAUUCCUUACCAUUUCUUCUGUUCCAUGUAUCCCUUACCAUUUCUCUUUUCCAGGCAUCCCUUCCUCAGUUCCAUGCUUCUUUACUAUUUCUUCUAUUCCAAGCAUUCCUUACCAUUUCUUCUGUUCCAUGUAUCCCUUACCAUUUCUCUUUUCCAGGCAUCCCUUCCUCAGUUCCAUGAUUCCCUUACUCUUUCUUCCAUUCCAUGCAUCCUUUACCCUUCUAAUUUUCCAUGCAUCCCUUACCCUUUCUCUUUUCCAUAGAUCACUUACCCAUUAUUCUGUUCCAUGCAUCCCUUUCCAUUUCUUUUCUAUACAUCCUUUACUCUUCCUCUUUUCGAUGCACCCUUCCUCUUUCUUCUGUUCCAUGCAUCUCAUACCCUUUCUCUCUUCCAUAUAUCCCUUACCCUUUUAUUUUUCCAUAUAUUCUUUACCUUUCCUUUUUUGCAUGUACCUCUUACUGUUCCUCUUCUUUAAACAUUUUUCUUUUCAGUUUUUAUGCUUACUUCUAUUUUUAAUUUACCCAAUCUGUCAAAUUUUCUCUCCUUCUUUAUUACCUUAUUUUUCAUAUCCCUUCUUUCUUUUCACUCUCCCAUAUUACUCUCUCAAUAUUUGA